AUGGCAACAGAAUUUAUAAAGAGUUGCUGCAGAGGAUGUUUCUAUGGUGGAACAGAAAAACAUGACUUAUCUGUGGAAAGAGACUUUAAAGUGGCAGUAUCACAUAGUCAAAAUACUACUAUCUCUAUACCCCCAUUGACUUCUGUUUCUGUAAAGCCUCAGGUUGGCUGUACUGAGGAUUAUUUACUUUCCAAGUUACCAUCUGAUGGCAAAGAAGUACCAUUUGUGGUGCCCAGGUUUAAGUUAUCUUAUAUUCAGCCCAGGACGCAAGGAACUCCUUCACAGUUGGAAGAACUAGAAGGAUCUGCCAGAGCAUCAUUUGGAGAUAGAAAGGCAGAACUUUCCAGUUCAGCCCAGCAGGGACCCAGCUAUGAUGUAUAUAACCCAUUCUAUAAGUACCAGCACGUGUCACCUGAUUUGAGUCGGCGCUUUCCUCCUCGUUCUGAAGCAACAAGAUUAUAUGGAUCGGUUUGUGACUUAAGGACCAACAGACUUCCCAGUUCCCCUGGGCUAAGCAAGUCUAUGUUUGAUCUUACAAGUUCAUCUCAGCGGUUCAUUCAGAGACAUGAUUCAUUGUCCAGUGUGCCUAGUAGUUCUUCUUCGAGGAAAAAUUCUCAGGGGAGUAACAGAAGCCUGGACACAAUUACUCUAUCAGGAGAUGAAAGAGACUGGGGGAGAUUAAAUGUGAAAGUGUUUUAUAAUUCUUCAGUAGAGCAGAUCUGGAUCACAGUUUUACAGUGCAGAGAUUUAAGUUGGCCCUCUAGGUAUGGAGAUACUCCUACUAUUUCUGUAAAAGGAAUACUAACAUUACCCAAACCAGUGCAUUUCAAAUCUUCAGUCAAGGAAGGCUCUAAUAAUAUUGAAUUUAUGGAAACUUUUGUAUUUUCUAUUAAAUUCCAAAGUCUACAAACUGUGAGACUUGUAUUUAAGAUUCAAACCCAAACUCCCAGGAAGAAAACCAUUGGAGAAUGCUCACUGUCACUCAGAACUCUUAGCACACAGGAAAUGGAUUACUCUCUGGACAUAUCACCACCUUCAAAAAUUUCUGUUUGCCAUGCAGAACUUGAACUAGGGACUUGUUUUCAAGCAGUGAAUAGCAGAAUUCAGUUACAAAUUCUUGAGGCACAGUACCUUCCAAGUUCAUCAACACCCCUAACUUUGAGUUUUUUUGUGAAAGUGGCAAUGUUUAGCUCGGGAGAGUUGAUUUAUAAAAAGAAGACACGCUUACUGAAGGCCUCCAAUGGAAGAGUAAAGUGGGGAGAGACUAUGAUUUUUCCACUUAUACAGAGUGAAAAAGAAAUUAUUUUUCUCAUUAAGCUUUAUAGUCGAAGCUCUGUAGGAAGAAGACACUUUGUGGGACAGAUUUGGAUAAGUGAAGACAGUAAUAACACUGAAGCAGUGAGCCAGUGGAAAGAGACAGUUGCACAUCCAGAAAAGGUUGUUAUUAAGUGGCACAAAUUAAAUCCAUCUUGA